GGCAGGCGCCCGCCGCGACCAGGCGAGACACGGCGGCGGGCACAUCCACCUUUCAUCCAUGGCCCACGGGAGUGAGAGGAAUGGACCCUUUCUUUCUCCGGACGGACUGCCAACCUGCCCUGCUCGCCUGCCUUAAUACCUUUGCUCGCCCAGACCCGCGUGGCCAUGGCUUUUCUCUUCAGGUCAAGCAACCCGCCACCAGGAGACGGCACCAUGGAGGCUUCAUCCUCGCACCGAGUUGGCACGCCUGAAGAGGCUGUUGCCAGAAUUGCCUACCUGUCUAGCGAUGUCAUCGUCUCGGUGCAACCGUCGCUUGCGGUCGACUCCGACUUCUCAACACACCUGAAGCGAUACGCGGCUCGCAAAGACCACGGCCUGGUUGCCGCCACCCCAGACUCUGUCCCCGAUAUCCAACCAGUUCGGCACAAUGCCGACCCGCUGCUCUCCGUCUUCGCCCCCAUCCGCUCUGGGAAGCUCGUCACCGUCACCACCGCUUCAACCAUUCUUCUCCCCGCCAUCUCCCACCUAUACAAGCUCGCAAACUACCCCGUCGUCCUCCACGUGUCCCUUCAGCCUCGCGGCCGCGCCGAUUAUUCAGCCAUCACCGCUAUUCGAAACUCGGGAUGGACUUUCGUGCAGUCGGAAACCCUGCAGCAGGCCCAGGACAUGGCCAUUACGGCCCAUGCACUGGCCGUGCGCACUGGAAAGGGUGUUGUGCACUUCUUCGCUCCCGAGACCUCGGCCCAUGACGAGCCCAUCGCCGCAGAGGAUGCCGCGGUUGUCCGGGACAUUAUCGACAUUGAGAGUGUGAGGCGCUUUCAGUCGGGUGGCAUAUCCGCCACGGGAAUAUAUGCCGAUGAUGGCCACGUUGCUGUCUCCUCCGACCAUCCGGAAGCCACUCUCAACGGUGGCUCAACCAAGAACGUCGGACUCCAGCCGCCUACCAGCGCCGAUGCCUCCAAGGCGACAUCUACUGGCACGUCGGUGAAGUCUAGCGAUGCCAGCGAGUCAUCUACGCCCGUUGCACCUUCUUCGGUUGCCACGACGGUAGAGGCUGUGCCCCCUCAGGUCACCUCGGAGGACAUUUAUACCUGCGCUACCCGGAUCUGGUCCCACAUCAAGACGGCACUGGGGCGACAGUACAAUGCCUUUGAAUACACGGGCCCUCCUAAUGCCCAGAACUGCCUCUUCAUUUUCGGUUCUGAUACGAGCCUCUUUGCCGACGCCGUUGGCCACGCGAAGCCGGAUGAUGUUUUCGCCAACGUCGGCAUUCUGACCCCCCGCCUUUAUCGACCAUGGAUCGGCUCCAAGCUUGUCCAGGCCAUUCCUCAGUCUGUGAAGCGAAUUGCGGUCUUGGAACAGAUCCAGCGCGCCACCACAAAAUGGGGACCCCUCCUUGUCGACGUCCUAUCAUCCGUCAAUCGGGGUCCCGGUGGUGUCGAGGCCAUUGUGGGUUAUCAGCUGGGCUAUAUUGCGUCGGAGACCGCAACCCAAGCGCUCAGAGGAGUCGUGCAGAAUCUCACCUCGGAGAAGCCGGUUCAGAACCUCGAAGUUGGCGUGAAGGAUGUUCCACCGCAGGCCACGGAAUACGGCCUGCAGUCUCCACAGCUCGAGACUGCGUACUCCAAGAUUCUGGACCAGCUGUUCGGAAGCCGGACGUAUAUUGCCAACGCCCUCAGAGCCCAGAAUGCUGGAGUUUCUGCUACGAUUUCUGCGAGCCCCGAGUUCGGAUUUGGCUCCCUGCUGGCCAGAAAGGAAUACCGACAGCGUUUUGUGAACCAAGUAAAGGACUCUGCGAGCAACGGCUCGUUCAAGACGGAAGAACCUAAGAGCUGGCUAGCACGUUGGGCGGUAAAUGCCGACGACCAGGCAAAGUCUGGCGAGAUAGCCGACGAGCUCAUCUCACGCCUCCAAGCGGAUGGAUCUGACGCCGCUCAAGCCCUACUGUCCAAGAGCAACUUGUUUCGCAAAGAAUCACUGUGGCUGACCGGCUCUGACGCAUGGGCUUACGAUCUCGGGAAUUCCGGAGUGCACCACGUCCUCGCCUCUGGUGAGAACGUUAACAUGCUCAUCAUCGACUCCACCCCAUACUCCGAGAAGGCUGUAGCCGACGCCAACCGGCGGAAGAAGGAUAUUGGUCUGUAUGCCAUGAACUUUGGAAAUGCCUAUGUCGCAUCAACGGCCGUCUACAGCUCCUACACCCAGGUGCUACAGGCGAUGCUCGAGGCCGACAAGUUUGACGGUCCAUCGGUCGUUUUGGCUUACCUGCCUUAUUUCGGCGAGACCGACUCUCCAUUGACGGUUCUUCAGGAGACUAAGAAGGCCGUUGACGCCGGUUACUGGCCGCUGUAUAGAUGGAACCCCAAUAAUGAGCAGAAGGGCGAGCCCAACUUCUCGCUUGACUCCGAACUCAUCAAGCAGGAGCUCAAGACUUUCCUGGCCAGGGACAACCAGCUCACGCAGUUGAUGCGAAAGGAGCCCAAGUUUGCUGCCACCCUGGCACAAGACUUUGGCACCGAAGUUCGAGCCCAGCAGAAGAGGAAAGCCAAGGAUGCCUACAACCAGCUCUUGGAAGGUCUCCUGGGCGCUCCCUUGACCAUCUUAUUCGCGUCAGAUAACGGAAAUGCCGCCAGCAUUUCCAAGCGACUCGGCAACAGGGGCAGGGCUCGUGGCUUGAAGACCACUGUUAUGGCCAUGGAGGACUACCCCCUCGAGGACCUACCCGGUGAAGAGAACAUUGUCUUUGUGACCUCGACUGCUGGUCAGGGCGAGUUCCCGCAGAACGGGCUGCCGUUCUGGGACGCCAUCAAGGACAACACUGAGCUUGACCUUGCAACGGUCAAUUUCUCCGUGUUUGGACUGGGUGAUAGCCACUACUGGCCCAGGAAGGAGGACAGGGUUUACUACAACAAGCCAGCCAAAGAUCUUGAUCGGGUUCUGAAUAACCUCGGUGGCAAGCGUUUUGCAGAUAUUGGUCUCGGCGAUGAUCAAGAUCCCGAUGGCUAUCAGACUGGUUACCAGGAAUGGGAGCCCAAGGUCUGGCAGGCCCUGGGCGUGGACAAGGUUGACGGGCUGCCGGAGGAACCACCGCCAAUCACCAACGAAGACAUCAAGCUUGCGUCAAACUACCUCCGCGGUACCAUUGUGGAGGGACUCAAUGACCCUACGACUGGCGCGAUUUCGGCUUCCGACCAGCAGCUGACCAAGUUUCACGGCACGUACAUGCAGGAUGAUCGUGACGUCCGUGACGAGAGAAAGGCACAGGGUCUGGAGCCUGCAUACUCAUUCAUGAUCCGGUGCAGGCUUCCCGGUGGUGUUUCCACGCCUCAGCAGUGGGUGCAGAUGGACGACAUCAGCAAUGCCCUGGGCAACGAGACCAUGAAGCUCACGACGAGACAAACGUUUCAAUUCCAUGGCGUGGUUAAGGGCAAGCUCAAGCCUGCAAUGCAGGCCAUCAACCGUGCUCUCAUGACGACGAUCGCUGCCUGCGGCGACGUCAACCGCAAUGUCAUGUGCAGCUCGCUUCCGACUCAGUCCAAGUAUCACAGACAGGUGUACGUUUGCUCGCAGAAGAUCAGCGAUCACUUAUUGCCUUCUACCAGCGCCUACCACGAGAUCUGGUUGACGGAUGAGAAUGACAAGAAGAUGCAAGUUGCUGGCGAGGCCGUGCAGGAUUUCGAGCCGCUGUACGGUCCGACAUAUUUGCCCCGCAAGUUCAAGAUCACGAUUGCCAUUCCACCACACAAUGACACGGACGUCUAUGCUCACGACAUUGGCUUGAUAGCCAUCAAGGGCAAGGACGGGAACCUGGAAGGUUUCAACAUCCUCGCUGGCGGUGGCAUGGGCGCCACCCACAACAACAAGAAGACGUACCCUCAGACCGGCCGGAUGUUUGGGUACUGCACGGCCCAAGAAGCGCACAUCGUGUGUGAGAAGAUCAUGCUGGUUCAGAGAGAUAACGGUGACCGCAAAAACCGCAAGCAUGCCCGCCUCAAGUACACCAUCGACGACAUGGGCGUCGACGUGUUCCGUGGCAAGGUGGAGGAGCUGUGGGGGAAGAAGUUUGCCAAGGAGCGCCCCUUCGAGUUUAAGAGCAACAUUGAUACCUUUGGCUGGCAAAAGGACGAGACCGGGCUGAAUCACUUCACCUUCUUCAUUGAGAACGGUCGCAUCGAGGACACACCCGAGUUCCAGAUGAAGACUGGCCUGCGCGAGAUUGCCAAGGUGCACAAGGGCGAGUUCCGCCUGACGGGUAACCAGCACCUGAUCCUCAGCAACGUGAAGGAUGAGGACUUGCCAGCACUGAAGGAGCUCAUGAAGAAGUACAAGCUUGACAAUAUCCACUUUUCCGGCCUUCGUCUCAGCUCAUCGGCCUGUGUGGCUUUCCCCACCUGCGGCCUGGCCAUGGCUGAGUCUGAGCGAUAUCUGCCAGUCCUCAUCUCGAAGCUGGAAGCCUGCCUGGAAGAGAACGGGCUUCGUCAAGACUCGAUUGUCAUGCGCAUGACGGGAUGCCCGAACGGCUGCGCUCGUCCGUGGCUCGCCGAGGUGGCGUUUGUUGGCAAGGCGUACGGCGCAUACAACAUGUACCUGGGCGGUGGGUACCACGGUCAACGCUUGAACAAGCUCUUCCGGUCGAGCAUCAAGGAGGAGGAGAUUCUCUCCAUCAUGAAGCCGCUCCUGAAGCGUUAUGCGCUUGAGAGGCACGAUGAUGAGAAGUUUGGCGACUUUUGCAUCCGGGCUGGCGUCAUCAAGGCGACGACAGACGGACGGGACUUCCACGACAAUGUCGCGGAAGAAGAAUCUGACGAAGAGUAGACGCUGGCGUGAAUGUGCGGGCUCAGUCAGGUCCUUGGGAUAUGGGAGCUUGAUUUCUGUGCAAGUAGGAAAAGGAUAGAUGUAUCUGGUUGGCGUACAAGGCGGAAAUGAAUCUGAACUAGACAAUGAACAACAACGGAACAAGCAAAGGCUGAAUGCACCGCCGUUACCACGCUAUUUGUCCGGGGUACAAUGUUAAUUUCAAGGUCCGUUGUGGCCCGACGAGUUUCCUACCCUGAUGGGCGGAAUCAAAGCAUUUGCCCGACACAAGCAAGGGAUGCAAUACGGCGGCAUUGAUUAUCAUUCCCGCUUUGCAUAGCAGCAUACCAUCAUACAUAUAGCCUCGACAUCACCCAGCGACCCAGAUCCGGUUCACCAAAACACACACAUCAACGCCCUGCACCCAAUGCCCGACGAGCCAAAUUACCAAUCCAACC